AUGCCCUGCCAACCAGCCAUAACAACCGUCUCCCUCGGCAAAAGCCAAACCUACACCAUCCAAGAAAAGCUCCACGCCUGCGCCAAACACAACAUCCACGCCAUCGAGCUCUUCUACGAUGACCUCGAAGCCCUCGCCCGCUCCUCCUCCUCCCCCUCAACCACUCUCUGCGCCGACCCCCACUCCCAACCCCCCAAAGAAGCCCUCCUAAACGCAGCAACCCAAAUUCACACCCUAGCAACAACCUUAGAUAUCAAAAUCCUCAGUCUCCAGCCCCUCCGCUUCGCAGAAGGCCUCACCAACCGCACCGAACAAGCCCACAUCCUCACCGACGUCCUCCCCCUCUGGGUCUCCCUCGCGCAAGCCCUCCACACAGACACCAUCCUCAUCGCAUCGAACUUCCUCCCGCCGGACCCGCACACCGGCAAGCCACGCAUAACAGGCGAUAUCACCACCAUCACGGGCGAUCUGCGCGCGCUGGCACAAGCAGCAGCGCCUACCAAGCUCGCAUACGAAGCCCUCGCUUGGUCUCCGCAUAUACACACCUGGGAGGCUGCUUACGAUGUUGUUCAGCGUGUGAACGAGCCGAAUCUCGGCCUAGCUGUUGAUGCUUUUAAUAUCGCUGCCGUGAUUUAUCCUUCCCCUGAUAUUCCGUCAAGCCCGUCAUCUAUCGCGGCGGCGAAUUCCGCCCUGAAGCAAUCCCUCGCCCGCCUCGUUGCGGACGUAGACCCUGCCAGACUGUUCGUCGUGCAGAUGGCGGACGCGGAGAGGCUGCUGGCUCCGCUGGAUGAACAGCAUCCGUUUUAUGAGGCUGCGCAGCCGGCGAGGAUGAGCUGGUCGCGCAAUGCGCGGCUGUUUCUGGGUGAGGCGCAUCGUGGGGGGUUUUUGCCUGUUGUGGAGGUUGUGAAGGCUGUGGUGUUGGGACUGGGGUGGGAGGGAUGGUUGUCUUUUGAGGUGUUUUCGAGGUUUUUGCUGGGGCCCGGGGAUGUUCCUGGUGAGAAUGCUGAACGGGCGGCGAGAUCUUGGGAGUGGGUUGUGGGGGAGGUCUGGGGGGAGAAGACUGGUGCUGCUUGGUGUUGA